AUGCUUAUUACAACCCUGAUCCUUUCUGUGCUUUCCCUUUCUCUAGCGAGCGCACAGCAGGUGUGCAAUGGAUAUGCAGAAUAUUGUAAUAAGCCCUAUAAUUCACUAUCCUAUGUUAUAACACACAACUCCUAUGGCUAUAUAACCAACCCUGCUGCCAACCAACUAUGUCCUAUUACGACUCAAUUUGCAGAUGGUGUCCGAGCUUUGAAGUUAUCUGCUGUAUCUCUAGCCAAUACAACAAACAGUGCUAUUACAGCUGAAAGUAUUUAUCUUUGCCAUACAUCAUGUACUAUAUUAAAUGCAGGUCCUGCUGUGGAUACCCUUCGUUCGAUCACUGAUUGGGUCAAGAACAAUCCAAACGAAGUCAUCACCAUCAUGUGGAAUAACGUUGGUAAGUUUAAUGCGGAUGCCUUCAAGGCUGCCUAUGAAGCAAGUGGCAUUAUCGACUACAGUUAUCAACAACCAGCGGGCAACUUUACUUGGCCUACACUUGGGGAGCUAAUUGCCAGUGGAAAAAGAGUUAUUAAUUUUGGUGACACCUAUUAUCAACAAGAACUUCCUUGGCUAUUAACUGAAUUUAAUUAUGUGUUCGAGACACCUUACAAUAACCGCAACGAAUCUUCAUUCAGCUGCACUAUUGAUCGUCCUCCAAACCCUGAUAACCCAAGCGAAAUGAUGUAUGUCAUGAAUCACUUCCUUUAUGGUACACUUCAACUUGGCCAAAUGACAAUCGAAAUACCACAAAAGGGUACAGCCAAUGUGACCAACUCUGACGGUUCUCUCUUAAAACAAGCCCAAGCAUGUACUCAAGCCUUUGGACGUCAGCCCAACUUUUUAGAGGUUGAUUUUUAUAACCUUGGUGAUACACUCAAGAUUGCUGCCCAAUUAAACAAUGUAACAUAUAGUGGUACCACAUCACAAUGCGAUAGCUAUGCUGCGAAAUACUCGACCAGUUCGAGCACAGACUCGUCCGAAGCAAUCCAGACUAUCAGCUUUAGCUCGGUCAGCUUGUUACUUUCUUUAAUAGCGGCCACAUUUUUCAUAUUCUUUUAG